AUGGCUGUCCGCUCCAGAGCCGUAAACGCCGCCCAUACGGCUGGAAUCUUCGCCGACAUGACCCUAGACGGCCCCGAAAUCGGUACUCUCGUUGCGGUUGUCGACCGAGCCAAAAACCUUCCGAACAGAAAGACAAUGGGGAAACAAGAUCCUUACUGUGCAAUGAGAUUGGGAAAGGAGGCCAAAAAGACAAACACGGAUAAACGAGGAGGGCAAACACCCAAAUGGGACCAGGAACUGCGGUUCACCGUCCACGACUCCCCAGAUUACUACAAACUGAAGUGUUCCAUAUUCAAUGACGACAAGAAGACCGAUCUCAUUGGUGAAGCAUGGAUCGACCUCCACGAAGUGAUCGUGGCAGGCGGUGGACAGAAUGACCUGUGGCACCAGUUGAAUUUCAAGGGGAAAUACGCCGGGGACGUACGGGUGGAACUGACAUACUAUGACACCAGACCACUGCCCGAACUAUCAUCUGGGAAGAAGAAGCAAAGAGACAAGGCCCAUUCCAUCGCCAGUGACGCUGCAAGUACAGCUUCAACCUCGCGCCAGUUAGGCCCUCGAGAGAUAAAACGACGACCACUUCCUCCAGGCCCUGGUGGCUACUCCUCCCCAACGACACAGUCUCCCGAACCAUGGCCCUCAGAGGACCCGGCGACGAAUACUUGGCCAGGACGCGAAUACACAAACUCACAUCCCCCACCUCGACCACCAAAACAACGAAUUCCCGAAACUCCAGACGAUGUUGGUUAUGAUUUCUACUCUGACUAUGAAUCAACUGCCUACGAUCCGCCAUCACGCUCGCGUGGAAGGAACCAACAGAGGCCUUCUUCCCACGAGUAUUAUGAAGACCUGAACAGAAUGGGUCACCAGCCCAACGCACCAAAUUCAUAUCCGAUUGACCCUUACGAGCCUGACGACAUGCGGUCAGGUCGGAUAUCUCUAUCUCAUCAAACAGGAGGAUCCCCUGGCAGAAUUCCUACAGAUAUCGCACCCGCGGACAGUUCUCGCAACAUAUCCAGUCAAGCCCCUUACCAAUCGUCGCCAACAAGUCCUCUUCCCUCAAGUCCCUCCAUACCCUCACAACCUCAGCCGUGGCAAAAGAGGUCAAGCACAUCGCCAACCAAGCACGGUGUCUACCGAGACAGCCCCCUCCGCCAAUCUGUCACCCACGUCGAUUUGCUUCAACCAGAAAUGGGCUAUCCCGAUCCACGGUUUGAUGAAGACGAGCGCCCUCCACCGCCGCCCGCACACCGUGAUCACGUCCCAAAGAUGCCGGUUGUCAGCGCACCGUAUCCCAGUCCUCAUGGACACCCGGCCCCACAGACGCCGCUCAAAUACAAUUCGGUAGAGGAGAAGAGCCCUCUUCAGAAGUUGGAGCGCGAAUAUGACCCUUACCAGCGUUCUACACCGCCCGCUCAAGGAUAUCCUCAGGCGAACCCACUAUCGUCGUUCGACCAGAGACUGCCAGCUGAUUGCGAUGGCUACGAUUUGCCGCCAGCUGCCAGACACAGCUCCCACGAUAUUGACAUGAUGCAGUACCGGCCAAGGCCCUCCGCAAACGAUGCGCCUCUGAACGGGAAUACCUCAGAUCGAAGUAGAUUGCAGCAAUCAUAUACUAGCAGCCCUCAGCACGAUUUCAGACAAUCAGCAGGCUAUGGACCACCACGCAGGGCACAUACAUUCGAUACUAGUCUCGACGCUAGCGAUGACGGACAACUUCGCACGUCCUACCCCAUCGUCAACCGACCACGAGCCAUCAGCCCCGGCCUUUCACCUAUGAUCCCGCGCAAGUCAAUAACGCCAACGCCCGCCGAGAGCCGCAGCUCCGUUGGUGCUGUUCCCUACAGCCCAGAUUCAUAUGAUGUAUUGAAUCCUGGGCAGAGUCCUACGGUGGACGGGAGUUCCUAUGCUACCCCAGAGCAAUUGAGAGAGACGGCUAGACAGCGGGAGAUUCAAGAACUGAGGGAUCAAGGUCCGAUCAUUGGAAAUGACGGGCGAGUGAUUGAUCCUUCGGACCAUCUUCCCGCUGAUACAUGGGCACCAGAACCAGAGCGCAAAGAUCGAAUGCCAGAACAUGUGAUUCGGAUCCGAACCAAGGAAGAGACCAGGCUACACAAUCGUGGAGGGUCGUUGCCCUCUUCUGCCAGACCUCCUUCAAUGACGGGCUCACCUUUCCAACCACAAUCACCUACGGCAUUGCCAAGUGCAUAUCAGUCGUCUCCCAGCCCGACGGCUCCUUCGGUUGCAUCUCCUCCGCCGUCAGAGUCAAGUAAUGGCAGGAAUAGGCUCAGGAAGCAAAUACCCACCCGUCCAUUGCCCACACAGCCGUUUGCCCACCCCCAAAGCAGUCCGGCCGUGUUCUCAGCAUCUUCGACCGAAGGUCGACCGAGUCCUUCCAGCCAGCGUUACACUAUCUCUUCGUCCCCGUCAGCUCCUGGGCAUCAGCGACCUUCGCUUUCAGAGUACCAGGUCCCGGCCACCAACAGUUAUGGUCCACAGGGAGCUCCACCCUUAGCUGAGCCCUACGCCGCGCCAACGAAUGCUCCAUUAUCUCGACCCAGAAAUUCGGCAGAUGCUGCAACAUAUGGUCGCGACCGGUCUUUCGUGAAAGCACCAUUCUAUGAACCCGAGAACUCGAAGGAGUAUCGGGGAUAUGGGUUCGACCAGCCUCGGACUCAAGCUCCUCUAUCCGGGCCUGUCAAUUCGAUUGGUCAUGGAGGAUACAGCAUGGAAGAUUCGCUUGCACUGGAGCUGAGCACAAUUGACAUAGGUCCUUCGAGAACGGGCCGAACUGCGGUCAGACCUGUCCGAGGAUAUGGCGGAUAUUAG